AUGGAAGUGGACGGAGGCGGAGAUGAAUCGGCACCAUGCCCUGGCCUCGUCCGUGGGAAGAAGAGACCGCCUUCCCCCUCAACUUCACCGGGCGAUGGCGAGGGCUCACCCACCAGCGACGAGGACGACAACCCGUGGGCGGUUACCGACGACGAAGAGGAGGAUGAAUACCAAGGGAAAUACCGCCCUUUCACAGUUGACGAUUUCCCAAGGGUUGGCACUUAUGAGCAGCAAUAUGCAUUGUACGACAAUCCAGAGAUUUCUCUUCGAGGCCCUUCCCUUCUCUGGAGCUUGCACGCAUUCAAGCCAGAAAAUGACAGCCAUCCAUGUGCUACCCGGUAUCGGCUCAGCGAUGAAUCUGAAAUCAGUGUCAACAACGUUGGGACCAUUGAUUGUUCAAAUGAAUGUCGUUGUCGUCCCAUGAACUUGCUCCAGUUCAUUGAUCUCAAGAUAGCUGGUUAUCACCAUCCCCAACCUGGAUCUGCUAAAAUAUUUGGUUUUUUCGCAACACGGGAUCGUGUCGAACCUUUGCGCAAUUAUGUCUACAGGCGGGAGAUUGACAAUUAUGAAGCUGUAACUGUGAAGCCGAAGACGGGUAUGGCACAUUUAUCACUGUGUAGUCCUGCUCGAGGUAUCUGCAUCACAAGCCAUGUGCUUUUCGAAUUCAGACUUUGUGUAUGUACUGAAGUCCCACCUGAAAAUGGGCCCAAAGACGACCUUCUGAUUGAAGGAUGUGCUGAAUUCAGCAACCUUAUGGAAUCAAAAUCGUUCAUUGCGAAUCGGCGUAUUUAUGGAGAGAAGUGUGGACUGGAUGUGAAGUUCCUGGUGUUGAUUAACGCAGUACAAGCAUUUGUUGAUGUUGAGAUCCUCUGUGCUCCUGCAAGUGGCCUUAAUCUGAAUCUCUAUGCCAAAACCAGUGGUUUCAGUGAUGUGAUUCUUCUGUACCAAGGAGUUGCGGAAGCUGGCUGCAGAAUGAGUUCAGUUGUAGCAGUCGAGAUACACAGUUACCUUGAUCUUCGUAUCGAAGGGACCCCGAAAGAUGAUGGAGGAGUUUCUCAGAAGCUGCUGUCUUGUGUGUGGGAGGACAGCUUUAAUUCCUGCUAUCAUGGAAUGGUGGAUAAAGUUGUGAAUCUCGAUGAAUCCACCACGGUUUCAGUGAAGAUCACCUGGAGAACCGUUGAUUGACACAUAGCUUAGUUGCCAACGUUAAUAUGGGUUCCUCUAGUGCUAACUGCUA